CCUUCUGCUGCUUCUGGUUCGCCGUCCUCCUCGUCGUUUCUCCACCUCUCUCUCUCUCGCAUUUUCUCGGACUCCACGUUCUUGGAUUUCGGAUUUUCUUCUCCUCCUCAUCUUCUUGUCCGGAAGUUGAAAAUUUUCGAACCGUUCUCCGCCCGCCUCGUUCAAAUGUAGCCUCAUUGCUCCCGUUCUCGAGGCGGUGCUCGUCGUUGCGGCAUUGUGGGGAUUCGAAAUCUUGCAUUGAGUUCUCUUGGUUCUCCGAUCGUCUUGUUUGAAUUGCUCUCUCGUUAGGUUCCGUUUUUGUUUCCGUUUCCGACCAUUUUGAAAUCUAGCGUCGGUUUUCUGAUCAGGUCGGGAAACGGAAAGUCAGCUGGCGACUUUUCCUUCGCGUCUUUUAUUUUUUUUUUUGUACGUUACGAUUUUUCGAAUUUGAGUUGAGGGUUUAGCCGAGUGCAUGAGCAAUCAUUGGAUAAUUAGAUAGUGUUUCAGCUCCAGUAGUGUAAAUAGGCACGGAAUUUGAUGCAAACGGCGAAACAUGCCCAGCUUAAAGGCUCCUGCUGCAAGGAAGACCGCCACAACCUUGACGGUUGCUGUUAAGUGUAGAGCGUUUGCUCAGAGGGGUUAUGGCCGCGAUAUUGUUAGAGUUAGCGAUAGUAAGGAGGUUCUUGUGUUAGAUCCAGACCUGUCGAAAGACUACCUUGACCGCAUACAAAAUCGAACAAAAGAGAAGAAGUAUCGUUUCGAUCAUGCAUUUGGUCCUGAAUGUUCCAAUAGGGAUGUGUACAGUAGAUGUAUAGCUUCAACAAUUGCUGGAAUUGUUCAAGGUCUCAAUGCAACUGUCUUUGCUUAUGGUUCAACUGGAAGUGGAAAGACAUACACAAUGGUUGGAACUAAGAAUGACCCUGGACUUAUGCUUCUUAGCUUGCGUACAAUCUUUCACCUUAUCAAGCAGGACAAUAGUUCUGAUGAGUUUGAAGUUAACUGUUCCUACCUUGAAGUUUACAAUGAAGUUAUCUACGAUUUGCUUGAGAAAUCAUCAGGACAUCUGGAACUCAGGGAGGAUCCUGUUCAAGGAAUUGUUGUUGCUGGCUUGAAGUCAAUUAAGGUUCACUCAGCAGAUAAGAUACUUGAACUUCUCAAUUUGGGAAACAGCCGUAGAAAAACAGAAAGCACAGAGGCUAAUGCAACAUCAUCACGAUCACAUGCAGUUCUGGAGAUCGUUGUGAAAAGAAAACGGAAGAACAAGUAUCGAAAUCAAUUAAUGCAAGGAAAACUUGCACUUGUGGAUCUUGCUGGCAGCGAACGAGCUUCUGAGACAAACAGUGGAGGGCAGAAGCUCAGAGAUGGAGCUAAUAUUAACCGCUCGCUUCUUGCAUUAGCGAAUUGCAUUAAUGCCUUGGGGAAACAGCAAAAGAAGGGCCUGGCCUACGUUCCUUAUCGGAAUAGCAAAUUGACUCGGAUCCUUAAAGAUGGUCUGAGCGGUAAUUCUCAAACAGUUAUGGUGGCUACAAUAUCUCCUGCUGACAGUCAAUAUCAUCACACAGUCAAUACCUUAAAGUAUGCUGACCGAGCCAAGGAAAUAAAGACACACAUUCAGAAAAAUAUUGGCACAAUUGACACCCAUGUAUCAGAUUACCAGCGGAUGAUUGACAGUCUUCAGGUAGAGGUUUGUCACUUGAAGAAGGAAUUGGCUGAAAAAGAGUCCCAACAUAAUGUCAGACCUAAUGACAAAGUUGCAGAUGAUGAGUUGUCUUGGUUAAAUUUACUCAGCCAAGAAACCAGUGAAAAUGUUCAGGAAAGGAUAAACUUACAAAAGGCAAUGUUUGAGCUUGAGGAGAUCAAUCUUCGUAACCGUGCUGAACUCCGGCAUCUAGAUGAUGCAAUUGCAAAACAACAGGCAAUUGAAAAGGAUGGUUCAGUUGUCGAGGCUUUGAGAGCUAGGCGACAAGUAAUUCUCGAUAACAUCAGGGAUAAUGAUGAAGCUGGUUUCAAUUAUCAGAAGGAAAUUGAGGCGAAUGAGAAGCAUCGAUCUGAGCUACAAGAGAAGAUUAAUGAAGCAAUCAGUUACAAUGGAAACAAAACAUACUUGCGUAUUCUUAGUCAGUACCGGCUCUUGGGUAUGUCAAACACUGAGCUUCAGUUCGAAAUUGCAAUGAGGGAUCAGGUGAUUCAUAAUCAACGAGAAGCACAGAGAAAUCUUUGGAACUUGGUAAUGGGGCUGGGGCUCGAGUCACUUGAUAAAAAAAGGCUGUUGGAUGUUGCAGCUUGGCAGGGAAUACCAAUUGAAGACUACAUGAUGACACCUUAUCUGGGGCUAUCAGAUAAUAGUCACUCUGAAAAUGUGGCUUCUCGCAGAUAUCUCCCUUUUGGAAGUUCCCCGUGCACGGGCAGUUCUCUAUCCAAAUCAUCUUGCAACUUACAUCACCAUCAAUUCUUCUACAGAGGGAAAAAUUCCAUGGGCAAUUGGAGUGCUUUGUGCAGGGAGGAGCAUCACAGUUUGUACUACUUACUAUCUCAUGAUGUAUCGCAAUCGGCCCAUUUGAGGUCGAGUAAAAGUCCUGAACAUUGUGAUUGUCAUAGGCCAAGGUCAUGGUUUGGCACGCCUGAUGUGUAUCACCAAGGUUCAUGCCGUCCCUCUCCAGAGGUCACAUGUCAGCCUUCACCUUGUCACAGUCGUUUAUCUUCUGGUGUUACUUUUGCACAGCAGUAUGAGUCAAGCUUCUCACAGGGUUUAGGAGUUGCUACUUCUGGGCAGCAGUUUUGGGAGGAUCGUGAUGGAAAUAGAAGCAAGCAAUAGUUAUAUGUCAUGAACUAUUCCAGCAGAAACCAAGUUUUCCUUCCUUGUAGCUCAUUGGCAGUCCUCUAGCAUGGAAAGAAGAGAUACUUUAUCAAGAAACAGAACCUAAAUUGCGAUAAAUCUCCUAUGUCAUCUUCGUAUUCUAGCCAGGAACCUGCUGCUUUCGAUUCAUCUAGCCCUGAUACUAAACCGCUGCCUCUGAAGCUUUUCUAGUCUUGUUUUCUUCUGGCCCUACCCUUUCUACAACAUUCACUUGUUCAUCAUUCUUUCCUUCUAUUCAUUCCAGCAAUUGUACAUACAAGUUGUAGUGCCACGCUUCACGUAUUGCAGAGUUUAGUCUUACUUUAGUGCCGAGAAGUUAGGAGAGAAGAUCCGGAUUCUCAGGAGGAAUGGCGAGUUAGAUGUGUUUGGCUUUUCAAUGUGCAGACUGUAGAUGCAGUUGUUGUAUAUAGCUUGUGUAUACUUGUAAAUCAUCAUGUGUUUGUCUCACUGAUUGAUAAAAUCCAUUGCUUGGAUUAGAGAUGGAGAGACAUUCAAAUGUAACUCAAUUUCAUAGAUUUCCUCUUGCCCA